AUGGGCCACCUCCACCAGACUGUGCUUGAGCUGCCGAGCUCUGUCGCCACGCCCGGCGCCGCUGACCCCGACGCCUUUGCCGAUUCGGAGCGUGCGGCGCUCGCGAGACACCUCAACUGGGCCCUCGCGAGCGACGAGCACGCCUCCGCCUCGCUUCCCAUCGACCCGAGCUGCAGCGCCUUCUUCGGCGCGGUGGCCAACGGCAUCGUUCUCUCCAAGUACGCGCUGCGCGUGGACUCGACGGCGCUCGACGAGCGUGCUCUCAACCUCCCAGGUGAGCGAGGGCAGCUCCUCGGCCGUGAGGAUAUGCUGCAGAAUCAGAGCCUCUGCCUCAACGCGGCGACCGCCAUCGGCUGCGGCGUGCCGGGCCUCACUCCGCAGCAGAUGGUCGACGCGCCUCCGUCGGGCCAGCAGAGGGCACUGCAGCUCGUUUGGAACAUGGUGCGCAGCGCGCUCCUCAACCCGAUCCAGGCGAGCAAGAACCCGGAGAUCCACGGCAUGUUGCUUGCCGGCGAGGACCCGGCCAGCCUCGCAAGGUACAGGCCGGAGAAGGUGCUGCAGCGCUGGGUCAACCACCACAUCCGCGGCUACCUCGAGGCGAGCCCGGAGCAGGCGUCCGUCCCGCGCACCUUCCGCGUCACCAACCUGCACGCCGACCUCGCCGACGGGCUCGCGCUCUCGAUCGUGCUGCACCAGGUGGCGCCGCGCCGCUCAGCUGCGGAGGGCGUCUCGGAAGCGGCGCUCGCCUCGUCAUCGGCCGACGAGCGCGUCAGACUCGCGAUCGAGGCCGCCGAGCUAUGUGGCGUCGAGAUGUUCGAGGUGGAUGCAGCCGACGUCCUCGAGGCACGUCCGCGGAUGCUGCUUGCGUUUGUCGCUGCCAUCUUUCGAACGUGCCCCGGCCUCGACGCGCAAGCCGAACCCGAGGCUCCGGCGAGCAAGCGCGGGAGGCGUGGCAACCGCUCGCAGGAGCGCGAGGAGGCGGCGCUGCGAAUGUGGAUGGCUUCGCUCGGCCUCGGGCUCGAGUCGCUCUCUUCGCUGUAUGAGGACUGCCGGACGGGCGUCGUCUUCCUGCGACUCCUCGACUUUCUCAGACCGGGCGCCGUCGACUGGAGCCGCGUGCUGCUCCAGCCGCGCUCCAUCUACGAGCGGGUUCAGAACUGCAACCGCGCCGUGUCUGUCGCUCGGCAGGUGGGGCUGGUCGUUGCCGGCUUCUCGGGCAAGGACCUCGCCGAUGGCAUCUCGAUGUACAUCCUGUCGAUGGCGUCGCAGCUGAUGCGCACGCACGCGUGCCAGUUCCUCGAGGCGCUUGGGAUGGGCGAUGCCGAUAUGCUAGAGUGGGCCAACUGCCAGAUUAAACGCCACGACGAGGCGAUGCCCAAUCUGCGCAACUUCGCUGACCCGCAGAUCCGUACGGGCGUCUUCUUGCUGAAGCUGCUGCGCUCCGUCGCGCCCGAGUGCGCCCGGGAGGAGCUCAUUCUCUCGGGCACCACCGAGGAGGAGCGCGCACAGAACGCGCGGUAUGCAAUCUCGUGCGCGCACAAGGCGGGCUGCACCGUCUUCGCCACUUGGGAGGACGUGGUCGAGGGGCGGCCACGGAUGAUGCUGUGCCUGCUGGCCGCCAUCAUGGCGGAGGACCUCCGGCGCCACGCGGCUGAGCCCGUUGACAAGGAUCUACCGACGCCGAACCAGAGCUGA